CUGUCAGUAAAAAACUACAUGUUAGAAAAAAAGUUAGAAACAUAAGCAGAGCACGGGAAUCGACGUUGGUGCCCCAUUGUGUUGUGUACUACAAUUAAUUUGGCAGCUGAUUGAUAGAAAAUUAGUAACCUACCUGGCUACGCACGCGAACAAAUUCAAAAAUGAGUGACGACUACCUAAGGAAACCAUUUUCAUUGGCGCCCGCACCAGCCGUCGAUGAUCAACAAGCAGCACCAACAAACUACACAUCGGCUACGAGCACAUUCAGCAGUGCGCCAGUUUCGCCAUACCUCAACUAUGAUUCACGAUUCCUGCAGCAAGCACAGCCGGAGUUUAUAUUUCCAGAGGGCGCAAACAAACAACGUGGACGUUUUGAAUUGGCCUUCUCACAGAUCGGUACGUCCGUGAUGAUUGGCGGUGGUAUAGGUGGUUUAGCGGGCAUAUACAAUGGAUUUAAGGUUACUAGAGCCCUUAAUCAGUCAGGAAAAUUGCGGCGCACCCAAUUAAUAAACCACAUCAUGAAACAGGGUUCGGGUACGGCAAACACAUUGGGCACGCUGGCUGUGCUCUAUUCGGCAUGUGGCGUGUUGUUACAGUUUGUUCGUGGCGAAGACGACAACCUCAAUACAGUGAUCGCGGGCUCGGCCACAGGGCUGCUAUACAAAUCCACAGCUGGCCUGCGAAAAUGUGCACUUGGUGGUGCGAUCGGCUUAGGGAUCUCGUCGGUCUAUUGCUUAUACUUGCUGGCGCAAGAGAACAGCACGAACACAAGUCCAAAAUUCCUGUAGGUGAGAUUGGUAAGCGUUCAGGCACUCGAUUGUGACACUGGUCUACACAAGUUGUGUAAUCCGGUUGAUACGCUUAACCCUGAAAUAUGAAGUUCUGUUUUAUAUUAUAAAUACACGUACAUAUAUAGAUUUAACCGGA